AUGAGUUCGCCACGCCCUCGCUGUCGACGUGCCGUUGCGGCCGCGGGGGCGUGCGUGCGGUGCGGCCGUGCGCCACUGCACCCGCCAUGCGCGCGCGCGGCCGGCAGCCCGGACAGACAGCGCAUAGAUUCCGGCACACGGGCGUCCUGCCAACCACCCGUACGUCGUCCCAUCCACGCGGCCUCGCUGGCACGCCACCAACCCGGCCCAGCGGACCCGAGGCCGCAGCCGAUCGCACCGCCGCGGCGCCAUCCCUCCCUCCAUAAACUCCCGCCCCCCGCAGACCACUCCCCCUCCCUCAGUAGUCAACCCCAGCGUCCCGCGCUCGCCCGGAAGCACAUCAACACCAGACAGCACUACAGUCUACAGCAGCAGGGCACCACCACCACAGCAAUGCAGCAGAACGCCGCCCGCCUGCUGGCCGCCGCCGUGGCCUGCCUGGCGCUGGCGCUGGCGCCAUCCUCGGACGCGCAGGGGACGGCGGUGCCGUCGUGCGCGGCGAAGCUGGUGCCGUGCACGGGGUACCUCAACUCCACGUCCACGGCGGCGCCCGCGGCGGCCUGCUGCGGGCCGCUCAGGGAGGCGGCCGCCAACGAGACGGCGUGCCUCUGCGCCAUGCUGCUCAACAGGGCCGCGCUGCGGGCGUUCGGCGUGGCGCCCGAGCAGGGCCUGGUCCUCGCCCGGCGGUGCAACGUCACCACCGACGCCUCCGCCUGUGCCGCCGCCGGAGGCUCAGCCACUGACGGCAGUACUGCUGCAUCUUCAGCUUCCACCGGCAGCGCUUCCUCCACCUCCUCCUCCUCUUCUUCAGUGGCCAAACCAACAGCCAACGGAGGCGGCGUGGCGCGUCGCCUGAGCAUGACUGGCGCGUCCUCAUUGCUAGGCUUCAGUUUCAUCUGGUGGUGGGCGGUCAUGGCGUAGGAGUAUCUGCCGUGGCACCGGCGAUUUUCCUGGCUGGAUCCAGAAUUCCAGACUUAUAUGUACUACUGUUGUGUUGAGUAGCAGGUUUCAUUGCUUCUUUUUAUAUAUAGUAUGCCCUGUUGUACCACUACCAUUGCUGCCGUGAGCAGAACAAGAGAAAAAAAUGUCAAGAACGAUGCAAACAACCAGACGGAAAGAACGUACUCUCAUUUUAAAUAAUUAAUAGAUUCAUUAUGUUUUUAUA